CACAGCAAAGCAGGGAUAUAAAUUUUUCGGGGAUAUUUUUGUUCAGUUUUAAAUUUCUAAGCUGAGCCUGAACAUAACAAAAUGUUGAGUGUGUCAGUGUCACGGCUGUUGGCCGGGGUUUGUGGUCCACCGACCGAUUUUACCAGAGAGAUGAAAAUGCUGUCUAAAAAUGAAAUAGUGGAAAAACAAGAAUUUGAAAAUAAAGAGAAGAAUCUACACAUUGUAACAGAUUGUGACCCAAAAGAAAUGAUCAAGUAUUUUACCGAACCCAGUUCUCAUUUGGCAACCAUUGCAUCAGAAAUCAACUCAGCUUCCAGACAGAAAACCACAUUUAAAGAAAGCAUUUGUAAACCAGAACCAGUUUCUUCAGAAACCAUCUGUAAACCAGAUCCAGUUUGUACCAAAACCAGUUGUAAACCAGAUCCAGUUUGUACCAAAACCAGUUGUAAACCAGAUCUCGCUUCUAAUGAAAUGAGUUUUAAAGUGGCUGAAGAUUCAGCAGAAGUUCAGUGUAAACCAGUUUUGGAUUCUACCGAAACCACUUGCAAACCAGAAGCGGAUGCUACAGGGAGUAUCUCUAAACCAAAUGCAGUGUUGUCAGAAAUCAGACAUAAUUCGGAUUCAGAAUCAGUCCAUCCUAAACCACCUGCAGAUUCUACUGAUAAGGGAUAUGAAACUGAGACGGAUUCUACAAAGGAAACUUGUAAAAGUGAAAUCAUGAGAAAUAAAUUGGCAGGAAGACAACCAACUGCAUUCAUGACCAAUUUGAAGCAGAAGGAUUUCAGUCAUGCUGAACAAGAAGUAUUAGAAGACAAAGUGAAAAAUAAAUCCGAAGUUGUCUCCUAUGGAGUGAAGUGGCAAAUGGUGAGAGAGACAGAUUGGCACAACAUCUGCCGUAUUGCAGAUUUGAAGCUGAGUGAGGAGCAUAAACUUAAGACCAUCCGUGAGCCCAAUGGAGAUGGAGAGUUAACCGAAAUACUGAUGAAGAAGUUAGAAAGACAAUUGCUACAGUGUCACCUGUCACGUGGAGGCGGAGAGAAGAGAACCGGACAGGUAAAUGAUGAACCUGAUGGCUGGCUGUCUGGUCCAGACGAUCCAUCACUCCUUCAGCCACAGGAAACCAGCUUCAACACAGCCACCUCUAGACAGAGUCCUUACAUCCAGCCACCAGACACCAGCUUCAGCACAGCCACCUCUAGACAGAGUACUGCAGCACAUCAUCAGUCCUUUAGACAGCAGCCUACUGAAGUACAACAGCUGUGGAGUCAUCAUGCAUUUGGCAACAACUACAACAUAAGCAGUUCUGUCAAUGAGGCAGCACUCGAGUUAAACACCGCUAGAUUGAACCAGCAGGUGUCUUCUGUGUUCUCCAAUACAAGUCUUCACGGGGUGCAAGGUUUCCCCCCGUAUGCCACAAACGGACAUGCAGGAUACCAGAAUACUGGAUAUCAAAAUGGUGGAUACGUGUACCAGCAGCUUGGUGGAUCAGGUCCAAGUCUAUACCAGAAUCCGUCCUCCAGCAUGAACGCCACCUUUCCUCCAGAUUCUUUUACUCCUGUUCCUUCUGGACAAUCACCUGCAUCAUCUUCCAUGAUGUGGGAUGACCUAGCAACUGAUUGUGAGCCUGUGCCUCAGACAGUACAACCUUCACAGCUGCCUCAUUAUCCUGGCAUGAAUACAGAUGCAAACAUUGGUUGCCGUGUAGACGAGGAAUCAUACCCUGUGAUGCAGAUGUCUCCUGGUUCAGGGCCAAGCGAUAAUCAAAUGACGAGGAGACUGAGUAUUGAGAGUAUAAAGCGACAACUGGAGGAGAACCCCUGUGAAGAGAUGUAUGGCUCUCUAAAGGAUGUUUGGCAGAGGGAACAAGAUGGAGGCGCUGGACAAGUUCAGAACGGAUCAUGGCUGAACAGCCCACAGGAUCACGAUGAGGAUGGUGACACUGUUCUGCACGACAUUGCUGGUUGCGAUCCACAACAGUUUCGCGAGUUGUUCACGGCUAUCUGUCAAGACGCUAAUUUUCGUCAAGCAAUCGACACCCGAAACAAACUGCAGCAGACUCCUCUGUUUUGCUGUGUCACAUCUGGAAAUCACCUUGCAGCUGAGUCCUAUCUGCACUUUGCUGAUCCUAACAUCCAGGGAGGAGAGAUUGACUCCGAUACAAAACAACUGAUAAUGCAGGGACCUCUUCAUAAGGCUGUUGAGAAGGGAGAUCUUUCAAUGGUGCUCAUUCUUCUUAGCUCGCAGAGACUGAAUAUUGAUGCAGAAAGAGUUUACGACCGAAAAACUCCUCUCAUGGUUGCGCUACAGAAACAUGUCCGAGGGUGUCAAGAACGUGACAGGAGGGAUAUCAUCCAGUUACUUGUCAACAUGCUGACAGACCAACAGAUUGACCUAGCAAAAGUGACACCCUGUAGCGACCGCUCUGUCCUGAUGUAUGCGGUGGAGUCGAAGGAUAUAGAAAUUGUCAAAUACAUCCUCGACACGGUCGGACCCAUCGAAGCCCGGCAACUGAUCAACACACAGAAUAAAGACGGGAACACGAGCAUGCACAUCGCGGCCGGGCUGAAGAACAUCGGCCCCGCAGAUCACGUCGAGCUGGGUCGUCUGCUGCUCAGACACGGCGGACAGCAGAUCAAGAACUAUGAGAAACCCAAUGGGAUGACACCAAAGGACUGGAAUGCCCCUCUGUUUGAGCAGAUCAGAAGGACAUUCAACAGAUGAAAUUGGCAAGAUGGUGAAUUUUAUUAGCAUAGUAUACAUUGUAUAUAGUUGUCAGUAACAUGAUUCCAGAAAAAGAAACUUUUUCAGUAUUUAAUAUUUUUUGUGUAUUUUCAGUUCCUCUUUAUAUAUUUUAUAUGAGGUUAAUCAUCACAGUUAGGUGUUUCCCAUAUAGUUUUUAGAUAAAGUGUAAGUUUCUUAACUGUUCCAAUUGCAGAAGUUAUGUGUCAUUGUAGCUUCUGCAAUUGGAAUUGUUAUUGAACUGUUUUUGGUUUAGUUUCUAUGUUGAUGUUUUGAUCAUACAAUGGUCAUAAGAUAAAGUGUAAGUUAUUUAACAAUUCCAAUUGCAGAAGUUAUGUGUCACAUAACUUCUGCAAUUUGAAUUAAAUUGUUAUUGAACUGUUUUUGGUUUACUUUUUAUGUUAAUCGUUUGGACAUACAUGUUGGCAUUAUUAUAAGAGCAUAUAACUUCUACAAUUGGAAUUGUUAUUGAACUGUUUUUGGUUUAGUUUUAUGACCUUACACUGUGGUUUUACAUAAAUAUAUAUAAAUAAUUUUCAUAUACUUACCAUUUAUGACACCCAAUAGUCGAUGUGUAUUUUUGUGCUGGGGUGUCGUUAAACAUUCAUUCAUUGAAUGAUCAAUGCUAGUGUUGGAUAACAUAUGUUUCAUUCACUAUAUUACAUUUAUGGGAAAGACUUCCGAACGUUCCAGCAUGUAUGCAUAUACUAUCAUUAACCAUGUAACUCUAAACCUAAGCCUGAAUGAACUGAAUGCUGGAACGUUCGGAAAGUCUUGCCCAAAUGUUUAAUUCUCUGAGGUCUGGAAUGGAGAAUUGAAUAUAUAGUUUCAUAAUGAUAGAUGAUUGGCUCAUUUUUGUAUUUGCACGACACCAGAGCCAGUUUAAGGAUCCGCGGGGCAUGUAGCACAAAUAACAGCAGGUCCCCGUUCCCAGGAUAUAUAUUUUGCAACCCUUUCAGGAAGAGGGGGAAAAUGGCCUGGAGAAAUUAAAUGUACACCUCACCGCGGAAUCCCCUGAAGCACGUGGUCCAUAACACGUGCUACAUGUGCUGCUAAGAUAAACCGGCUCUGCUCAAUACUGUUUCUCACAACCACAAAUCCUCAUUCAGUUGAUGCAAGCACUCUGUGGCAUUACAAAAUGUUUGCUAGCUUGGUUUUUGUGAUGUGUGUGUGUGGUAGUUUUUUUUUAUGUGGUUUUUUUUUGGGGGGGGGGGGGGGUUGUAAUCUUUUUGACCCAUUUAAUUUGAAAUGGGCAUGAAGCGUCAUGAGCGACACAAGUUGUUAGUGACAACAACAAAAUGUAUGAAAUGAUCAAACCCUGUAAGCUUUUAUAUAAUUGUAUGUGUGUAUGUAUGUAUGUAUGCAUGCUUCCAUGCAUGCAUGUCUGUCUGUCUGUCUGUCUGUCUGUGUGUAUGUAUGUCUGUAUGUGCGUAUGUAUGUAUGUAUUAAUGUAUGA